AUGUACUGCUGGGCACGCAAUACCUAUUUUGCGCCGUUUGAAGACGCAAAUUUACCAGAAGUCCAGGACAGAGGCAAAACCAUGGUCUCAUAUUAUCAGUGGGUUCCAUUUUAUUUGGUAAUCGUCGCAUUUAUGUUCUACUCACCGUGUCUACUGUGGAGACUUCUCUACGACAAAUCGGGUAUACGAUUAAAGGACAUCAUGAGCUUUGCUAACGACAAAUCCAACGUUCAACCAGCUGCUCGUCGUGCAAAUAUUAACGGGCUGGCCAUGCAUUUGAUCUUGAAAUUUCUCAAUCUUCGCUUUUACGAGGCCUACCUCACGUAUCUCUAUCUCGGAAUCAAGCUGCUUUUCCUUAUCAAUGUAUUGGUACAA